ACGAGCCUGCGCCGUGCUCACUAGGAAGUGCGGAGAAAUUUAUGCGCUUUUUUCAGCUGAGUUGGCUCAUGUCAACUGCAGGCGGUUGUUGCAGUAACUAUUUAUAUCCACCGUGAGAUAAAUUGUUCCCAAAGUACGGAAAAAAUAACCAGGCCGAGGCGACGCUUCACACCUUUUAAAAAUGCCCCGGAGAAAGAGGACCGCAGGCAGCAGCUCGGACGGGACGGAGGACUCGGAUUUUUCCGCCGACCUCGAGCACGCCGAAGCUUCCGAGAGCGCGCACCGGCGCAGCAGCACGCGCCUGACUCGCGCGUCCCUGCGCCUCAGCCAGAGCUCACAAGAUAACUGCAGCUCAUUACGCAGCAGCUCUCCCGCGGCUCCUGACGAAGGCCUGGAUUCAGCAGCCGAGUCGGCGGCGGCAGCAGCGGCUGUGGCAGCCUCGGUCUUCUCCUCCGGACGCAGGAUCACGCGCAGCCAGCAGGGGGUGGCAAACACCACAGCCAAAAAAUACCCGUUGCGUCAGAGCAGGUCGUCUGGCUCGGAUACCGAGGCUAACGACAUAAAGCAGGGAGCAGACCGGGACGAGACGCCUCCUCGCACUCCAACAGGCAACGCCCCGUCCUCAGAGUCAGACAUCGAAGUCUCCAGCCCGAGCAACGACCUCGUGUCUUCUAGCAACGACAUUGUAGUUUCACAAGAGGAGGACGAGAGGUUGGCGAAAGAGCUGUCGCUCAAAGAGGCCGCCGCCCACGAUCUCUCCCACCGGCCCAAACGACGGCGUUUCCAUGAGAGCUACAACUUCAACAUGAAGUGUCCCACACCUGGCUGCAACUCACUGGGCCAUCUAACAGGGAGACAUGAGAGACAUUUCUCCAUAUCGGGGUGCCCUCUGUACCACAACCUCUCUGCUGACGAAUGCAAGGGAAAAGCGUCGACGCGAGACAAACAGGCCGACGAAAGGACGCUGUCGCACCGCCAGGACGAGAACAGACACUCCACAAGAAGCCAGGCCCCGACAGAGCGGCAGCUGCGCUACAAAGAGAAGGUGACGGAGCUGAGGAGGAAGAGGAACACUAGCCUCAAUAAGGAGCAGAAAGAGAAGUACAUGGAGCACCGUCAGAGCCACGGGACGAGCCGGGAGCCGCUGCUGGAGAACAUCACCAGCGACUACGACCUCGAGCUGUUCAGGAAAGCGCAGGCACGUUCCUCGGAAGACCUUGAGAAGCUCCGUCUGGCCGGCCACGUGUCGGAGGGCAGCAACAUGAUAAAGACCAUCGUGUUCGGCCGCUACGAGCUGGACACGUGGUACCACUCCCCGUAUCCGGAGGAGUACGCCCGCCUGGGGAGGCUCUACAUGUGCGAGUUCUGUCUGAAGUAUAUGAAGAGCCAGACCAUCCUGCGCCGGCACAUGGCCAAAUGUGUGUGGAAACAUCCUCCGGGCGACGAGAUCUACAGGAAAGGGAACAUCUCCGUCUUUGAGGUGGACGGAAAGAAGAACAAGAUUUACUGUCAGAACUUGUGUCUGCUGGCGAAACUCUUCCUGGACCACAAGACGCUGUACUACGACGUCGAGCCUUUUCUCUUCUACGUCAUGACUGAAGCCGACAACACGGGCUGCCACCUGGUCGGAUAUUUCUCCAAGGAGAAGAACUCCUUCCUGAACUACAACGUGUCCUGCAUCCUCACCAUGCCGCAGUACAUGAGGCAGGGCUACGGCAAGAUGCUCAUAGACUUCAGUGAGUACAGACGCUGCGUCAUGAAUCUGUUCCAGCCCUCAGUGCUGGAGAUGUUUGCAGUCUUAUCUAUGUUCACAGAAAUCAGCCAGGAAACAGCAGUGAACCCGGUGGAUAUUGUCAGCACACUGCAGUCCCUCCAGAUGCUCAAGUACUGGAAGGGAAAGCACCUGGUUCUCAAGAGACAGGACCUCAUCGACGACUGGAAGGCCAAGGAGACCAAACGUGGCAACGGAAAGACCAUCGACCCCACAGCCUUAAAAUGGACCCCGCCUAAAGGGACGUAAAGGACCUUCCCGUUCACACUCCAGACCCCGAGAAACACACACACACACAAACCGACAGAUCCUUCUCCGUACACUGGCAUGCUCACAGACCCUGAGCCUAAAACCCUCACACACUCCUGUACUAAACGCUUUCAGCAGCUACAGUAACUUACAGUCCGCCGUUCCUCUGGGUUCAAGCAGCCGCUGAGACGGUCUAAGUUGGGUUCAAGUUGUUCUCUGUUCUGCACACAGUUUACUUUUCUGAGGCCUUCGAGCUUCUGCAGUAACGCAGCAGAUGUCCACAGUGACGCUAAAAGUAGAUUUUUUUUCCAGAUGACCAAGUCAAACACUUUGCUGGUUUGUUUUCACGUCUACUAUUCGUCAUCAGGAUUCAGACCCGACUGGAAUCCGGCUCCCACUGGGAACCAACACGUUUAGACUUUUUCUGAUUGUGGCCCGAAACCAAACCAGUUCUCUGUUGACUGAAAAGCCUCAAAGGACGACUUCCAAAAGAAGUAAACACUUGAAACAUAUUGUAAUAUGAAAAGUAACAGCUAAUCUAUGACUGAUUAGUAACAAAU